AUGUAUCUCUACUACCUUAUCGGCUGGAAAAUUGAUGCCACUGAUGAAAUGGAAAUCUCCGGCGCAUAUGAAAAGCUAGAAAAAGAUAAGUGUUUCAUUCUUGCGCUCGAUGGUGACGUGGACUUUGACCCUCCUGCUCUUGAAAUAGUCCUGAAUCGACUGAAAAGAAACGAUCACGUGGCAGCUUGCUGUAGUCAAAUCCAUCCGAUGGGUUCUAGCUGGCUAGUAAUGUAUCAAAGAUUUGAAUAUGCAGUUGGACAUUGGCUACAAAAGACGACUGAGCACGUUCUAGGCUGUGUACUGUGUUCGCCUGGUUGUUUUUCGUUGGUUAGAAUCAGUCAUCUGGCGAGGCCGAACGUGAUGGCAAUGUACAAGUCUUUGGCAAGUACACCACUGGAAAAGUUGCAGUUUGACCAAGGCGAGGAUCGAUGGCUAUGCACGCUUAUGCUUACAUCUGGUGGUAGAAUUGAGUUCGAAGCAUCGGCGCAUUGCAACACAUUUGCUCCUGAAGAUUUACCAACGUUUUACAAACAGAGGCGGCGAUGGGGUCCUUCAACCACGGCAAAUGUCUGGCAGCUAAUCUUGAAUCAAUUUGACGCUCGCAAAAAUAAUCCAUAUAUCUCGCUUCCAUAUGUGCUCUACCAUCUCUUUAUGCUGAUGUUUUCUAUAAUUGGCGUUUCCACAACAAUGAUGAUGGUGGCUGAAGCGUUUUAUAUUGCGUUAGGAUACAACUUGGACAAGGGUUUCUGCUAUCUCAUCGUUAUGGCGCCGGUAGUAAUUUUCUGCAUCGCUUGCUACUUGAGUGGCAAUGGAGACUUACAGAUCAAGCUUGCAAGCUGGCUCUCCCUGAUGUUCAGUUUCCUUAUGUUGAUUGUUUUGAUUGGAAUCAUCAUGGAAGGCGUCAAUUGUCCUUUUAGCCCUUCGUUUUUAUUCUUUGUUGGCUUAGCAGCUGUACAUAUUGUCGCUGGAUUGCUUCAUUUUGAUGUGAAAUCUCUCUUCUGUGGGGUAGUUUACUUUCUCUUUAUUCCCUCUUGCUUUAUCUUCCUUCAAAUUUACUCUAUUGCCAACCUGAACGAUUUCUCCUGGGGAACACGCCAGGCGCCAUCAAAGGCAGCAGCUAGUGACAAUAGGAGUUUCUUUCAAAAAAUAAUGGGCGCUGAAAUCAAGGAAGAGGACCCAGUCGACCCGGUUCAAAAAGACGGAUAUGGCUGUCAUUGUAAUCUGUGUCCGACAAUUGUUCCAGCAAAAAAUACUAAAUUCUACGCGCAUAGUGAUGACAAUAAACCAAAGGUAGUUACAAGUGAGUUUCAGUCACAAGUUUGUGACAACGACUUUAUACCCGAUGCACCGGAUCGCAUUUCCAUCGAAGAAAUUCCACCUGACACUCAAGAACUUGCGUACAUGAUCGAAGAUGAGUUUGAUGAACAAUUCUUACAAGAAAAUAUUAUGAAGGAGUCUUAUUACGGCGGAGAAACUGUGCACGAGCUUAAGAAAAGUGAGUUCACUCAAUGGACGAAACUGAUGACAAACUGCGAGAACAACACAAGUCAAAGAUUGAAAAUGAAUCCUGAGCAGCCUUCGGAUCCAAAGAUGAGUUUUUCUUACGGCUGGUUGUACAACAGAGAGAUUGAAUCUUUCAAACGCGAAGGCAAAUUCGUAAAUGAAUCGGAGAGGAUGAAGCUUGAGAAAGCAAAACGAAUAAAGACGGAAAAAGAUUAUUUGGGAUGGGUCGUUUCUAACAAAUCGCCAAUUAAUGAUAACUGCACAGUACACGUUCUUUCAAACCCGGAAUAUAUCUUCUGGAGGGAUAUGGUUGACCCCACAGAUGGAUACAUCGGACUUAAAUCAAAUGGAGAAAAAUAUGAAGAACUCGUGGAGAAUGAGAAACAACUUGUCAAGGAUGUCAAUGAGUUUCGAGCUGAAAAAUAUGGUCUUUAUCUUUUCAUCAAUACUGUCUGGGUCGUUAUCUCAACAAUUGUUCUGAAAUACUCCGCUGAGCUUCUACAGAUUCCGAUUAAAGUCCCGAAUAUUGCCAAGUGCGAUAAUGAAGUAGAGUCAGAAGGUUCAUUUGGUAUUCUCUUCGAUGGAAAUUUUUCAAGAGAUUACAUCGAAAAUUAUAAUGGAGGUAAGGAUGACGACUGGGCUGAGAUAAAGUUACAACCUCUUUCUCUCUUCUUUUUGGCAUUUUACGUCAUUCUUAUUAUUGCGCAGUUUAUCUGCAUGCUCUGGCAUCGUGUGUCAACGUACUAUCAUUUCGUAGCAGAUGUUGAUAUAAGUAUGCAACGAAGAGAAAUUGAACGAAAAAAACGGGCAGCAUUGGAGGCCAGUUUAACAGCAGAAGGAGAAAAAAUUGAAGACAUAGACAAGACGGUAUCAGAGAGAAAGCUGGAGGAAAUCAACAGGGCGUUCUUAGACGACGAAGGUCCAGGGCCUGAUUCUGAUCCAGGAGCGGGCGGGAAUAUGCACGCUAAACAAAGACGAAAGUCAACCAUUAGGUUUGAAAAUGUGUCGUCAGACGAUGACGACGAUGAUAACGACGAGGGUGAUCGGGUGGAGAUCAUCCAACCAACAGAAGACGACAUCCGAAAAAUGAUCGAGCGACGGCAAGAACGCCGUAAAUCUAGCAUCUUCCACGGGGAAGGCAGUAUUCUUUUCGCCGCGUCAAAAGAACAAUCAAGGUUUCAGCAAAGCAGACUCAACAGCCCAAUGCUCCAGAAAAUUAGACAGAAAUCAAGCGCUAACAUAUACGGUAAGAGUCCACUUUCCGUCCAGACAUCUUAUGGAGACGACGACGUAUUCUCCGAAGCAGGCGACUUUAUCAAUAAAGAACACUCUCCUAUUGAACCAGCUGCUCGUCCUUCGAGUGAAAACUCGUCGACUGUCAGCAACGGCCAGGAGAAGAAAUUUCUCAAGAACUACAUGAGAAUUUCAUACACAACGACGAACAAGAUCGAUUUGACAGAUAUAACUGAGUCAGAUGCAGACGAUAGUUCUUAUGGCUCUCAACAUUCCGGAGAGGCAAGCAACGGGUCAGAAACAAAUACUCCUCGUGGUGUCGGUUUCGCUUUUCCUCAAGCAACUAUACCUGAGCCUCAACAAAUUCCACAAACUCAGCCUCCUCUCUUGUAUGCCAAAAACCCAAGAAUACAGCAGCUAAGAAGUAGAAGUCCUUUCCCAAGUGUGGACUGCUAA